UAUAAAUAAUCAUAAACACUUAAACACAGCCUCUCUCAAACUCCACGGCGCAGAUCCGAGGAGUUUGGGUUUUUAUUGAUUUCUCUAUUUUAUCUUCAGCUUCCUCUCAAUCUCUCUCCUGUUCUUUCUUGCUAUCAAUCACUCCCUCAGUCCCAGUCAUGGCGGGUUUGGCACCAGAAGGGUCACAGUUUGAUUCUAAGCAAUAUGAUGCCAAAAUGAAUGAUUUGCUCGCAAAUGAUGGACAAGAUUUCUUCACCUCAUAUGAUGAGGUUUAUGACACUUUUGAUUCAAUGGGAUUGCAAGAGAACCUUUUGAGGGGCAUCUAUGCCUAUGGUUUUGAGAAGCCAUCUGCAAUCCAGCAGAGAGGAAUUGUUCCAUUCUGCAAGGGCCUUGAUGUGAUUCAGCAGGCUCAGUCAGGAACUGGGAAAACUGCAACCUUCUGCUCUGGUAUUCUCCAGCAACUUGAUUAUGGUCUAGUGCAAUGUCAAGCUUUGGUCCUUGCGCCCACUAGGGAACUUGCGCAGCAGAUUGAAAAGGUUAUGCGGGCACUUGGUGAUUAUCUUGGCGUCAAAGUGCAUGCUUGUGUUGGCGGCACAAGUGUUCGUGAGGACCAACGCAUUCUUCAAGCUGGAGUUCAUGUUGUUGUUGGCACUCCUGGUCGUGUGUUUGAUAUGUUAAGAAGGCAGUCACUUCGUCCAGAUUACAUUAAAAUGUUUGUCUUGGAUGAGGCUGAUGAAAUGCUGUCCCGUGGUUUUAAGGAUCAGAUCUACGAUAUUUUCCAGUUGCUGCCAUCUAAAGUUCAAGUUGGUGUGUUCUCUGCCACAAUGCCGCCUGAAGCUCUUGAGAUCACAAGGAAGUUCAUGAACAAGCCUGUGAGGAUCUUGGUUAAGCGUGAUGAGCUUACCCUUGAAGGUAUCAAACAGUUUCAUGUCAAUGUUGAUAAGGAGGAGUGGAAGCUUGAAACUCUCUGUGAUCUAUACGAGACCCUAGCUAUCACUCAGAGUGUUAUUUUUGUUAACACCCGCCGCAAGGUUGACUGGCUGACAGACAAGAUGCGAAGCCGUGACCACACAGUCUCAGCUACUCAUGGAGAUAUGGACCAGAACACUCGUGAUAUCAUUAUGCGAGAAUUCCGGUCUGGCUCUUCUCGAGUUCUCAUUACAACUGAUCUCCUGGCCCGUGGUAUUGAUGUGCAGCAAGUGUCCCUUGUCAUAAAUUAUGAUCUGCCGACUCAACCAGAAAACUACCUUCACCGUAUUGGACGAAGUGGACGUUUUGGAAGAAAGGGUGUUGCUAUUAACUUUGUGACAAGGGAUGAUGACAGAAUGCUGUUUGAUAUUCAGAAGUUCUAUAAUGUGAUCAUCGAGGAGCUGCCAUCUAAUGUGGCUGAUCUCCUGUGAUGAGUUUUUUGGUGAAAAGGGUUUCUUAUUUUCCUAGUACUAUUUUAACGAAUUGUUUUCCUUUCUUUGCUAUUUAGAGUCGUUAAAUUUGAUGUUCUGAGACAUGGGACGGUUUAAUCUCACAUUGGUUGGUCCUCCCUUCAUUAUAACAGCAUGAAGGGAUUUGACGUUGGACUUGAUAUUUUGAAGUUCUGUUUGCAUGCUGUGCUUCUGUACUUU